GAUGAAGAAAAAAUAAUAGUUUAUAUAAUGGAGAAUCAGAAUUUUUAGGAGUCGGAAAACGGAUAUUUAUUAAAUACAAAAGGGGGUCGAUUGCAAUUUAAUGAAUCUAAAGUUUGGACGAAAACAAGUCUUGUGUUCUUGUGUUGGAUCCAAAGUCCAAACCUCUCUCUCGGCUGAUAUAGGCUUGAACAAGAAAGACGACGGUGACCAUGCCGAAUCUCACACUUGUGCUCUUCCUCUCCACUUUAUUAUUCUCCUCCUCCUUCGCUUUCCAAUCAGACGAGCUCCUCCUCGACGACGAGGAGUUUGGUCUUGAGGGAGGAUCCCAUCCUCGCUCCCCCGAACCAGUUAUCUCAGAUUCACCUCCGAAGCAGACUCCGAGUAUCCGUAGGCGGUACUCGGAUCCUGAUCUGGACUCCAAGAUCCAAUUCACCCUCGAACAUGCCUUCGGAGACUCUGAUUUCUCCUCCGCCGGUACUUUCUCCGCUCGCCUCAAGACUUGGAGCCAUGGCGGUCAGACAUUAACGAAACUGCGGUUCGCUCGGAAUGAGUUUUCUGAUGAAGAGAAACAUGCCUUUCAAAAUCUGCUCAAAGGAGAUGACUUUUAUAGAAUAAGACUCCCAUCUAAUGUUGUCACUCCACCUGGGAGAGAGUAUGUGAUUGCAUCAGUGAGAGCUAGAUGUCUUCCACGGGAUGGUUUGGAUGAGCAUAUCGCUAUACACAUGGAUGGUGCCAACAUUUUGGCAGUCAGUUACGGCUCUCCUGGAGCAUGCCCGUAUCCUCGACAGUUGAAACUUCCAGGAAAAUGGACAUUUAACUCCCACACCAUCUUGAAGAGUAGUGAGCAGGCACCAAGAACUCCGAUAUUCACGGAGGAGAUUCUUGGCAGUAGCGAGAAUAUGGAAGGUGAAGCAGAAGCGCCAGUAGAGAGAUCAUUUUGGGCAAAAUAUUGGAUGUACUUGAUACCACUUGGACUCAUAGUUAUGAAUGCUGUGACACAAGCGAGUAACAUGGCUGAAGAACAACCUGUGGGGUCUCAAGGGCAAGCACCAGCAGCGAUUCAGCCCGGUUCCGCACCCAGGAGAAGAUGAUUGAUCAUUUCCUUUCUCAGUUUUUUUUUUCAAAUAUAUCUUUUGUGGAGCUAUGUCACUGGAACAACCUGCAUUCGUAGGCUAGUUAUGGUAACGACCAGACUAUCCAGCUGGUGUUAUGACUGGCUUAACGUUGUUAUUUGAUUUUACGUGUAGUGACAAAUAAUUUUAGACUUCAUUGUUUAAAGAGUUAAAAGAUUUCAUUGUGGCA